UCUUUUCCUGUGUUCGCUUUGACCCGUCGCCCAUCUCUGCGCCCUCUGUUCGGGUGGGUGGUUUCUCUGCUCGGUUUGAUUUGCUCACCCGCCCGUGUGCUGCUGACUGUGGGCCCACGCUUGGAUGGGCUCACAGGUCUGUGACUCGCCGGCGUCUUCUGGGGUGUGGCUUGCUUGGUGCCAUGCUGCUGUGCCCGACGCGCGCCCUGGGCGCGGUGGACGUGCGUGUGUCACUCCGUGGGGCCGUUGCCGCGUCGCGUGCAUCUGCCAUGCCCAGGCUGCACGUUGUCCGCCGCUAUCGCUGACGGUGGGUUCUGGCCCCACGCAGGCCGCAUGUCGGUGUCUGCUUCGUGGGUUCCGAUGCCGCUCUUGCGAGUUGGGCGUCCCGUUGCGGUGGGCAAGGGCCCCCUUUUCUCUUCGAUGUUGGCCUUUUCUUCUUCUCAUGCUUCUCAUUCUGUGCACGCUCGCUUCGCCCACUGCUGCGCGCUCUAUUCGUCGCCUCGCUUCAUCCCGUUCGAGCGCCCUGUCCUCCGGCUCUGCCAUCCGUUCCUCCAUGGGUGCUGUUGGUUGAGCUUGCUUGGAUUUCACGUUGGCUCUUUCGUAGGAGCGUGGGUGGUUCCGUCCUUGCUGUCCAGCAGCUACCAAUGGACGCAGAAGAGAUACGUGCCAUAUUUUCUCCGGCCGGAGAACAUUCCGUCAAUGACCAGACUAAAGAACAGCCGGAUGAGGGAUGAAGUGGCAAGCAUGGAAGUAACCCACAGUCAGUUUUCUUCAUAUGCGGCAUGGUACAAACAAUAUGAGAAUUCACGGCACGGUUCUGAGGAAGUGAGCUGGAUUAUCAAUAUGCUUGGAGCCCUAUUUCCAAUCUCUCUCAAAUUGCUUGUGUUGUAAAUUUCUUUGUAGGUUUACUGGUUGUAGGUUUACUGGUUUUGGUUCACACAGAACAGCUCCAGGCUUAGGGUGGACUUUGUAGGAGCAUCAAGUUGGUGAAUGUGAAGCUAUAUGACUGGGUUCUCCAUUCCUAUUUUUAUGCAUUUUGUUCAUCCUCAAAAUAGUUCCUGGCCGGCUCAUUUUUACAUGUGUGGUUGUUGUUAUUCAAGAGAAUUGAAUUAGUGAAAUGGCUGGUGUUGGUUAAUAUAGUGGCCACUCAAACCCGCUCUACAUAGUUGAAUUUUUAGAUCUUUCCAAUGAUGUCUUUAACUUCAUAUCAGAUUCGGAUUUUUAUCCUGUGUCA